AUGGCUCCCCAGCGACGUCAUAUCGGGGCAAGCCGCAGGCAGCGCAGAGAUGACGAUGGGGAAGAUGAAGGUUCUCUUGCGGGCGACCUUGAAGAUGACUCUUUGAGUGAGGGCUCGGUCCGCAGUCACCAGGAAGAUGAGGAUGCCGAUGUGGAGGGCAGUGAAACGGAGGACGAGACAGCAGCAGGGUUGGGAACAGACAAGCUGAACGGUCGAAAGACAAACGGACGGGAGCCACGACGUAGCUCCACAUCACCCACCAAGCCAGGGCUCAAGACAACAGUGUCCGAUACUGAGGCCAUGUUGAAUGGGCUUAAGGUCUCUGAUGAUUCUGAAGAAAUUCAGUUUCACCAGGUGAACCAGGGUCGAGAGCUCCAGACCGGCAGAACGCCGUCAGCCCCUCCUACAGAGCCAAAACGAGAAACACUGGCUACUCGAAAGCGUCGGGAACAUGAGAAAUAUGUCAAGGAGAGAGACCAGAACCCGGCCUUCGUCCCAACACGAGGUAGCUUUUUCUUGCACGAUAAGCGGACGUCAGAGCUGGGGUCCAACAACCACCGUUCCUCCAACAAGGGCAAGUCUCGGCCGUACGGUCUCAUUGUGGAUGGCAACACUCAAAGGGACUCUUCGAAGCCUGACGCGAGCGUUGGGCAGUGGGCUCAUGACCUUCACGAUACCGUAGCUGGAGAUGAGCCACCGGCACCUAAGCACUCGGCUCCCUCUGCUGCACGUCAACCUCCCCCGACAGUUCCCACUGCCCCCAAGUCCUCCCCUCCGAACCGAACUUUCUCUAGCACUGUGUUGCUAGGCAAUGUACCAGUCGUGGUCUUUUUGCCGGGAAUGGCACAGCCAAAACCCACAACUAUGGCAAAAAAACAGCACACUCGACUGCCUCAACAUCGCCCUCCUCUGCGCCGUGACAAGCCGGUCCGAAUCUCUCUCCCUGAUCAAGCUCCGCGUUACAUAUUUCCAUCAACCGAACGUUCAUUUAUCUUCAUUCCUCGCGCAAUGCGCCCGAACCAGCACACAUAUCGUGGUCGGGGACGAGGUGGCGGUUUCUAUCCAAGACGCCCAAGUCUCUACUCCAAUUAUGCUCCAAGCAUUCCUCCGAGCCGCCGAACUUCCCUUGGCAUGUCAUCUCAAGAUAGCUUUGCCUCACCCACCGGGUCAUGCUACUCACGCCCAAUUAUGAUGCCACCUGAUGCCAGCAAACCUAUUGUUCGUCUACCACCUCCACCACGCCCAAUCGUUCCUAUAGCCUACCCCUCGGCCAGUGGGAUGCCUAUAGGUGGCCCGGGGUCCAUGCCUCCCAUGCCACUCCCACAUCCUGCCUACCGUGAAAGUCGCCCUGCUCCAAUCCCCAUGCACCAACCUCGCCCAAAGAAGACGGUAUCCGUGGCAGAUAUCGAAAGCCCUGAUAAUUUCCCGUUCAACCCUCCGCAGCCUCAACACGAGCAGCCAUUCCAUCAUCAAGUCCCCAUCCCUGUCCCCAUCAAUGGCCCCGGUCAAGAUCUAGUCGCGCGUGGCCCACCCAGCCAGUCCUCUGCUACCCCCCUCUCUCAGAUUCCGGAGAGAGCAAUCCACGCACCGGCAUUUCAGCCGUUCAACGUAUACCCACAACCUGGAUUUUACCCCAAUUAUUAUCCUGGUGGGAUGUAUUAUCCUAACUCUGGUCCAGAGUACCCUAUUUAUAAUGGCCCGAUGGGACCUGGCGCGUCAGUGCCAAACUUCGCCCCUGGUCCGCAACCUAUUCACCACCAAGCCCCGGGACCAUCUCGUGAGCAACAAUCUCAACCAGGCAUGGUCGCUCAUGAAUCUGGCGGUACUGUUUAUUUCUACGAUCCCAACCAAAUGUACACCACCCCUAACUACGGAGCGCCCGGGCCUGGACUCGGAUCUGGGGGUGUUGUAGGGAUGGGAGGCAUGAUGACGCCGCCGGGCACCGGCUACUACUUCCCCCAACCGCCAGGCGCUGGGGGUGUAUAUUACGGCCAGUGA